AUAUAUAUACGCUUUUAUUCCAUUAUAUAUAUUCCCACAUGCUCCAUUUCCACAAACAACUUUAGUAUAAGAGUUCCUCUAAAAUGGCAAAGUUAAACCUAGUUCUUGUUUCCAUGGCCCUCUUCUUGUCCAUGGCCGCACCUUCCUCGGCCACCACUAUCACGGUCAGCUGGUCACUCGGGACAGACUACACCUCCUUGACCAGUAGCAAGACCUUUGCGGUCGGCGAUACUCUCCUGUUCAGCUAUGGCGCCGGCCACACGGUGGAUGAAGUGACGCAGAGCGACUACCAGAGCUGCACCACCGGAAACUCCAUCUCCUCCGACAGCAGCGGCUCCACCUCCAUCACCCUAAAAACCGCCGGCACACAUUACUUCAUCUGCGCCGCUCCCGCACACUGCUCCGCCGGCAUGAAGCUCGCUGUCACCGUCUCUUCCACCGGCGGGAUCCGCUCCCCCUUUUGUAAGAUCACAUAG